AUGCUCACAUCGCUCAUCUCCGACGUCAUUGGGGUGGCCCAGCGCCAAGAGUUCAACGGAGGGCCCAUGGUGGCCACUCUCUCUCGCAGUGCCUCCAUGCUCACAUCGCUCAUCUCCGACGUCAUUGGGGUGGCGCAGCGCCAAGAGAUCAAUGCUUCCAUGCUCACAUCGCUCAUCUCCGAUGUCAUUGGGGUGGCCCAGCGCCAAGAGAUCAACCUUGUGCUAGAGCACCGCCCGUUUGACUUGCGGCGAAUGCUGCACGACGCGACGUCUCUAGCAUGGCCCAUGAUGCGAGCCAAGGGGCUGAGCUUCUCAGUGGUGAUUGCAAGAGAGGUGCCUCGGCACGUGGUGGGGGAUGAGCGGCGACUGCUGCGUGUGGUGCUGCACGUUAUAGGCCAUGCCAUCGACUCCACUGAUGAGGUGAGAGGAUCUGCAGCUUGUUCUGCACACAUGUGUGCUGCUUUGGCUCGUGCAUGCCGUGAGGUGCCUCGGCACGUGGUGGGGGAUGAGCGGCGGUUGCUGCGCAUGGUGCCAUCGACUCCACCCCAUACCACGGACUCCACUGACAAGGUGGAGGGAGGGCCUGCUUUUGAGUCGACUCAAAAGCUGACAAGGUGGAGGGAGGGUUUCCGCCUGCUUGUAUGGUGUGCUGCUGUGAAGCUGGAUGGAUUGACAAAGCUAGCCUACUCACUCUCUCCCUCCCCUCUUUCCCCUGCUGCAGGGCACCGUAUCCGUAGCCGUGGAACUAUCAGACGGCAGUCUCACCACCCUGCCUGCCUGCUGCUCUCUCCCUCCCCUCUUUCCUCUACAGGGCACCAUUUCUGUAGCCGUGGGGCUAUCAGACGGCAGUCUCACCACCCUGCCUGCCUGCUGCUCUCUCCCUCCCCUCUUUCCUCUACAGGGCACCAUUUCUGUAGCCGUGGGGCUAUCAGACGGCAGUCUCACCCCCUGCCUGCCUGCUGCUCUCUCCCUCCCCUCUUUCCUCUACAGGGCACCAUUUCUGUAGCCGUGGGGCUAUCAGACGGCAGUCUCACCACCCUGCCUGCCUGCUGCUCUCUCCCUCCCCUCUUUCCUCUACAGGGCACCAUUUCUGUAGCCGAGGGGCUAUCAGACGGCAGUCUCACCACCCUGCCUGCCUGCUGCUCUCUCCCUCCCCUCUUUCCUCUACAGGGCACCAUUUCUGUAGCCGUGGGGCUAUCAGACGGCAGUCUCACCACCCUGCCUGCCUGCUGCUCUCUCCCUCCCCUCUUUCCUCUACAGGGCACCAUUUCUAUAGCCGGCACCAUUUCUGUAGCCGUGGGGCUAUCAGACGGCAGUCUCACCACCCUGCCUGCCUGCUGCUCUCUCCCUCCCCUCUUUCCUCUACAGGGCACCAUUUCUGUAGCCGUGGGGCUAUCAGACGGCAGUCACGGGCCGGCAAGGAAGCCACACAUCGAGCAUCCCUCCCACGCCCUCCACUCCGCUAUCUCCCUUCAGGACCACGUGAGGGUGCGAGUCACAGUCACCGACGCAGGAGGGGAGGAGUCCAAGCAGGCCCUACUCGACCGCUUUGAGAAAGCAAGGGAGCGGGAGCAGCUGCUAAAGGGGCAGGCUAUAGAGGGGAUGAAGGCCCUGGGUCAGGACCCUGCAAACGUGGGCAUAGGGCUGUUCCUAUCUGGAAUGGAGGAGGCUUUAGUAGGCCCAACACCAACCCCACGCCCCCCUUCUGACCCGGAUGAUACGGACCAUGGUAUGGCAUCAGCGCCGACACUGGACCCUUUUGAGUCGACUCAAAAGUCUCAACGCCAACCUCACGCCCCCACGUCUGACCUGGGUGAUACGGACCAUGGUAUGGCAUCAGCGCCGACACUGGACCCUCCUUUAACAGGUUCAUCUGCAGCGCCUCUGAAUCCGUAUGAGCCACCUCAGAGAUCGCCCGUUGAGGAUUUGAGGGAGGCAGAAGCAGCAGAGGCGGAGAGGGAGCGGCAGGCGAGGAUAAGCGAGCAGUUCGUGGCUCCCUCCUGCGCCAUCUGCCAGAAGCUACUCCUGCUCAUGGACGGACACUACUGGAACGCCACUCAGCCUGCUGACCCCGGGGCUUCUACUGCCUUCUCCGUGCGGUUACUGUGUGACCGCACGAGGCGGAGGCACAGGAGGAGAAGGCAUAUGAUGAGUAGCUUGGAGGGGAGUGGGGAUGAGGGGUCCGGGAGUGAGGAGGAUGGGGAGGGGGAUGGGGAGGGGGAGGAUGGGAGUGAUAGCGACGAGUCGUCGUGCUCGAUUGGCGCGUAUAUUCAAGAGCUGGAGGGGAUUCGAGUGCUGGUGAGAGAUUCAUGUUGUCUGUCUGCCUGA